UUGAGAAGAUACUUCGAAUGGUUAAUCCCCAAAAGGCUGGAGAAUCUCUGAGGAUGAGGGAGUGCAUGGAAAUGACUCCAGGGAGUCUACAGGAGAAUGGACUUUCACAGGUUUUGACCCUGGUUUUGGAUGAGCUUGGGCUGUUUUACCACAGAGAUGUGAAUGGAAUUGGUGUACUUUACAGCUUGCUCCAGGCCCCCUGGCUACAGUCCCUUCUCAAGGUACACGACUCUCUUCACCAAUACAUCAAGAAGAGGCAUCUGCCCAUAGUGACCAAAGCAAGGGUCCUUUCAAACGAGGUUGUAGAGGUGCUGCGUGACUGUCCUUCAUCUGCGGACAUACGAGAGCUGAGACGGCUGCUGCGAGGAGUACACUUCAAGGCCUUCCUGUCUGCACAUGACACAGUGGCACAGAAAGAUUUUGAGCCGGUUCUCCCUCCUCUGCCAGAUAACAUCCCAGAAAAUGAGGAGGCCAUGAGAAUUGUGUGCCUGGUGAAAAACAAGCAACCUCUGGGAGCCACCAUCAAACGUCAUGAAAUUACGGGAGAGAUCAUUGUUGCACGGGUGAUCCAUGGUGGUCUGGCAGACAGGAGUGGUUUACUGUAUGCUGGAGACAAACUUGUAGAAGUGAACGGAGUGCCAGUUGAGGGACUUGAACCUGAGCAAGUCAUCCAAAUACUGGCUCAUUCAGAAGGUACCAUUGUGUUUAAGCUCAUUCCAGUGGGGGAUCGCUCUGUGAGCAGUCAUACAAUGCUAUUUGUAAGAGCAAUGGCAGAUUACUUGCCCCAGCAAGACCCGGCCAUACCAUGUGCUGAUGCUGGACUGCCCUUUAAGAGGGGUGAAAUCUUGCAGAUUGUUGACCAAAGUGACUCCAUGUGGUGGCAAGCGAGGAAAGCGUCACACAUUGGCCGCUGUGCUGGACUCAUCCCAUCAAAUCAUCUGCUCAAAAGGAAACAGCGGGAGUUUUGGUGGUCCCAGCCCUUCAUGUCCCAAUCCUGCCUUAAAGCGUCACAAUCAAUACGAGUGGAAGAUCCAGAAGACAUGAAGAUUGAUGAGAAAUGUGUAGAAGCUGAUGAAGAAACAUUUGAAUCAGAGGAACUAAGAGGAGAAGAGGAAGAUUUCAGUGAAGAUGGACAGGGUAAUUUUAUUGCUGGGUUUCGAAGAAGUAUGCGCCUUUGCCGCAGAAAGUCCCACGGCAGCCAGUUAACCUGCUACUCCCGCUGCCCCAGCAGCAGCUGCUACCAUUCAGCUACUGCCCCCUACGAGGAGGUUGUGCGAUUUCAGAGACGGCAAUGUGAUCGCUAUAGACUCAUUGUUCUCGUUGGUCCUUCAGGAGUUGGAGUUAACGAGCUGAGGAGACUGCUGAUAUGUCAAAACCCCUACACAUUUCAAAGUCCUGUACCACAUACCACCCGUCAUAAGAAGAGCUAUGAAGAAAAUGGUCGGGAGUAUUUCUUUGUGUCCAAAGAAAUGUUUGAAAGUAUGGUGUUCAGUCACAGCUUCUUGGAAUAUGGGGAACACAAAGGACAUAUGUAUGGUACCAGUGUGGAUGCAGUGAAAGCUGUUUUAGAUGAAGGAAAAAUUUGCAUCAUUGACUUGGAGCCACAGGGCAUCAGUGGGGUGCGAACCCAUGAACUAAAACCAUAUGUUAUAUUCGUCAAACCACCAAGCAGAAGUUGCAUGAGACAAACGCGAAAAAAUUCGAAAAUUAUUACAGACUAUUUUGUAAACAUGAAGUUUAAGGAAGAAGAUUUUCAGGAGAUUGAAGAAUCUGCUAAGAAGAUGGAAGCUCAGCUUGGUCAGUUCUUUGACAAUGUUGUGGUGAAUGAUAAUUUGCAGACCGCCAGUGUUCAGUUAAUGACCAUAGUACGUCGUGCACAGGAUGAACCUCAGUGGAUCCCAUCAUAUUGGAUCUGUUCCGAUACCUAAUAAAUGAGAAAACAUCAGUUCAUGAUUGUUCAUAUACUAGAGACUUUUUCGUUGCAUUAAUGUAACAGUACAAUCUCUUAUAAUUUUGUACCUUUUCCAAUAAAAUUCAUUAUGAGAGGAACCUUCAGGGGAUGAAGAAAUGGAAAAAAUCUGCUACAACAAUGUUAUAUUUCUUUGUAUUGGUUUAUUCAGUCUAAUAUAUCAUAAGGCUUUUGUUAGAUAAAUAGACACACAUCUCACAUAUUAUUUAUUUGUAUCAUGUAUAUUAACCAACAAAGAAACACCCAAAUUCAAUUCUCAAAAUCUACCACUGGUUUUACAAUUAUCCCUACUAGAAAUUACGCAGCACAAGUAGCGCUUAUCCUUUCCAACAAGGAUAAUCCCAAAACCAGUAGAAUUGGGAGGUCUUGAAUACUGGUCAUUUUAAUCAAUGUUAACCUUUGUAAGUGAAUGAAAAAUAAGUGAUCUAUAUUUUUUAUAUAAAUUAUUGUUGAUUUGCUUUCUGUUCAGAAAAGUAUUUCUAUUUUAAGAAUUAGGAGGUACAUUGCUUUGUGGCAACUGCAGAACAAGUAAAACAAUGCAUUUCCUGCCUUCUGUUUAUAUGAGUAAAGAUUUUUAACCUUUAUUGAUUUGUUUAAUAGUUUUACAUUUCACUAUAAUGUAAUUUGAGAGAUUAGAAAAAUAAGAAAACUAAGAUUGGUCGGGAGACAGAAAAUUAAAGACAUCCUAAUUUAAAAAUCAAAUAAGCUAAUAGAGUGUUUUGUUAUGAUACUUAAUACUAUGUUAAAGGGACAUGAAACCCAAAAAUUUUCUUUCAUGAUUCAGAUAGAGAAUAUAGUUUUAAACAACUUUCUAAUUUACUCCUGUUAUCUAAUUUACUUCAUUCUUUAGAUAUCCUCUGUUGAAGAAAUAGCAAUGCACAUGGGUGAGCCAAUCACACAAGGUAUCCACCAAUCAGCAGCUACUGAGCCUAUUUAGAUAGUAAAUUAGAUGAUAGAAGUAUAUUGGACAGUUUUUCUUUAAAUUGCAUGCUCUUUCUAAACAUGAAAGAAAAAAAAAUGUGGGUUUCAUGUCCCUUUAAGCCCCGCACAUUGUCUUUAAUCUUCAUCCCUGCAUAAGAAGAUCAGUUUUUGUAUGGAUCUCAUCAUUAGUCCUACAACUUCCUGUUGCAACACAAUAUCCUAAUAGUAUACACUUUGUUUUUAACAUUCCAAACUAAUAUGAUUUAAAAAAAAAAAAAAUGACAUGCUUAUUCCAGUUUUUAGGGUUGCAUGGUACAUUCUCUGUGGUUCAUAUCUGCCAAUGGCCCUCUAACAUGUAUACAAUUCAUCACAAAAUAAAAAAAAUACUUACUAA